CUCUGUCGCCCAGGCUGGAGUGCAGUGGCGCGAUCUCGGCUCACUGCAAGCUCCGCCCCCCGGGUUCACCCUUUUAUGUCUUUCAUUGGAGCUUUCUGGACCGUGUGCUUGACGGUGCCCUAGGUGCCGUGGGGACACACGCGAGUCUGAUAAGCACCCUCCCCCGGGAUCAUCCAGGCUGUGAGGCCUAGCGAAGAUGAAGAUAGAAUGCAAGGUAGAAAGUGCUGGAUACCUUUAGAAAGCUGCAGAACUGGUGCGAUGGGAGUUAAGACGUAAGAACCUGCCCGUCGGUAGGGCUCUGGAUGCUGCUGAGGCCCGAGGCCCCCAUGGCAGAUUUGAAAACUCACCCUUGUAGAGUCAUUCCUGCCUUUGAGAGGACUCCCUGUUAAGGCGCUGAGCCCUGGGAGGAGGAGAGGACUGGUUCGGGGAGCCCCUCCCCUGGGGCGGGGCCAAAGCGUCCUUCCAGCCCGGCUUUGCAGAACAGAGAUCUGGUGUCUCCAGUUUACAGAAGCACUUGCAGAACUCAUCAGAAGCCAUCCCGCUUAUCAGCAGAUUUCAAGAGAGCGUUCAGUGGAGGCCCUGAGUCUGCACAGUUCACCUCCCUGGGAACUGCUCGCCUGAGCGUUGGAGCCGGCGCUGGCCCCCUGCAGCCGAAAGGAGCCCCGGAGGCCCAGGACAUAGCGGAAGGAACAGGAAGAGAAGAGUGUGGUCUACUAGAAAUCUAGCACUGGAGACACGAGGAAAAUUCUUCCAACAAUGGUCUCCCACUCAGAGCUGAGGAAGCUGUUCUACUCAGCAGAUGCUGUAUGUUUUGAUGUUGACAGCACGGUCAUCAGAGAAGAAGGAAUCGAUGAGCUAGCCAAAAUCUGUGGCGUUGAGGACGCAGUGUCAGAAAUGACACGGCGAGCCAUGGGCGGGGCAGUGCCUUUCAAAGCUGCUCUCACAGAGCGCUUAGCCCUCAUCCAGCCCUCCAGGGAGCAGGUGCAGAGGCUUAUAGCAGAGCACCCCCCACACCUGACCCCCGGCAUAAGGGAGCUGGUAAGUCACCUACAGGAGCGAAAUGUUCAGGUUUUCCUAAUAUCUGGUGGCUUUAGGAGUAUUGUAGAGCAUGUUGCUUCAAAGCUCAAUAUCCCAGGAACCAAUGUAUUUGCCAAUAGGCUGAAAUUCUACUUUAAUGGUGAAUAUGCAGGUUUUGAUGAGACACAGCCAACAGCUGAAUCUGGUGGAAAAGGAAAAGUGAUUAAACUUUUAAAGGAAAAAUUUCAUUUUAAGAAAAUAAUCAUGAUUGGAGAUGGUGCCACAGACAUGGAAGCCUGUCCUCCUGCUGAUGCUUUCAUUGGAUUUGGAGGAAAUGUGAUCAGGCAACAAGUCAAGGAUAACGCCAAAUGGUAUAUCACUGAUUUUGUGGAGCUGGUGGGAGAGCUGGAGGAAUAACAUCCACUGUCACACAGCUCCGAAUACCUUCGGAUGGAUUUUUACAAGUGAUACAGGUUGAUACUGUUUGCUUACAAUUGCCUAUUACCACUUGCUAUAGAAAGUUGGCACAGAUGAUCUAUACUUUAAGCUACAGUUAGGACUCCUAGAAGAUUGCUUUUUUUUUUUUUUUUUAAACUGUAGUUCCAGUAUUAGAUGAUGACUGUUGAUUUCCUGUAGAGUUUUGUAAUCUGAAUUCUUUCUGUAUAUUCCUAGCUAUAUUUCAUACAAAGUGUUUUAAGGGUGGAGAGUCAAACACCUUUACUCUUAGAAAGAUGGAUUCGGCAGCCUUCGGUGAAUAUUGGUUUCCCUUUGGUAUAUCAAUAAAAGUUUAUCCAUGUGUCAGAA